AUGAGUGUGGCGUUCGAGUCAGCUCCACCGUUCUAUAGCACACUCUUGGAAAGACCCGGACGUUUACCGUUUCCGGAUUCAUCGCGUUGCUUCACACGUCCUCAUAUUUUCGUCUAUUUCGUAGCAAUGACUUUUCGAUACUGUGUACUGCUACCAAUUCGAUUUUGUCUCAUCAUCAUCUCCUUCAUCUUCUCCACAAGUGCCAUUAUUGUGGCAUGUUUCACACAUCUCACGGAUCGGCAACGGAUACGUAUUAGCGUCACAUAUUGCCGUUUGUUUUGUGCCGGAAUUGGCUUAGUCGCGAAAUAUCAUAAUCAAGAAUUCAGGCCUCGGCAGCCAGGUAUCGCAGUUGCAAAUCAUUUGUCACCAAAUGAUGUGCAUAUAAUCUAUGCGGAUAGGAAUCCAAGUGAUGGUUGUGGCUUUACAAUAACCGGUCAACGACAUGGUGGUAUCAUUUGGGUACUUGAAACAAUCGUUGAAAAAUUUAUACCAACACUGUGGCUGGAACGUUGCAGCAACGCAGAUCGUAAACGAUUCAUGGAUGGAGUACUCAAAGAGGGCAAAGCACACGGACCAGUUUUAUUAUUUCCAGAAGGUUAUUGCACAAAUAAUACUCGUGUUUUACGUUUCCGAAGAGCUGUUUUCGAUGAUAACGUUAUUAUUUAUCCAAUUGCAAUUAGGUAUGAAAAAUUCAGGAAUUAA